AUGUCUUCCACUGUUACCGCAAAGCUCUACUAUUUUGUCCCGCCCGCGGACGGCUCUCGCCCAUGGCAGAACAUCAACGCCAAUCCCGUCACUGGCGCGCGGGAGCAGAACUUCGGGACGUCCGAGCACGAGAUGGCCAUUGAGAACGUGCGGGGCAGAGAGCACGAGUUCACCCUGGACAAGAACGGCUUCCAGUUCUAUAAGCGGCCCUCCAAGCACACCGGAUUCACGGAUAAUGCGAAGAUUCGAGAGGAAUACUAUCCUGAAAGCAUUGAGCUUAUUAAGGAGCUGACGGGCGCUAGCCAAGUUGUUCUCUUCGACCACACAAUCCGGCGUCGUAGACCCAACGAGAAAGAAGACACGCCUGACAAACGCCAGCCCGUCCCGCGGGUGCACGUCGAUCAGACACAAGCAUCCGCCAUUGCCCGCGUACACCGGCACCUCCCCCCUUCUGAGGCGCCUCAACUCGUACAGCGCCGGUUCCAGAUCAUCAACCUCUGGCGGCCGAUCAAUCACCCCGCGCUGGACUGGCCCUUGGCAUUCUGUGACUUCAGCAGCGUAGACCCGAAUGACUUUGUCCCCACCAUAUUGAAAUAUCCGGAUUAUAACGGGGAGACUAUGAGCGUUAAGUUCAACCCGAAUCACAAGUGGAAGUACUUGAAAGGAAUGACUCCAGACGAGUUCGCAUUGAUCAAGUGCUUCGACUCGAAAGAGGGCGUUGCCAAAUGUACCCCGCAUACCGGUUUUGAGGACCCUUCUACCCCGCCCGACGCGCCCUUGCGAGAAUCUAUUGAGCUCAGAGCGUUGGUGUUCUUCGAUUAG